CCAGCCUGCCUGGGAGUGGGAGCUGGAUGAUGGUGGCCUGACCAGCGGUGCAGCUGCAGGAGCCCAUGCCUCUCCCCGCCACCGACCUGCCGGGAGCCCCGGGAAACCAGCGCUGCCGACCUGCCAUGCUCGCCCCUUCCAGCACCCCCAGGGGGCCCAGGCCGGCCUCUCCCCGACCUGUGCUGAGGCUCCACGCCUCUGGCCAGAUGUAGCUGGGAUCCGUCUCCCCUUCGCUCUCUCUGCCGAUCGUUCCUGCCGUCCCACAGCUGGGCCGGCUGGUCCAAGGCCCGCGGGAGCCCCGAUGCUGCACAGCUCGCUUUCCUGAGAAACCACCGGCACCCAGAGUGGGGGUCAGACCUUAGGGACGGACGCGGGCCCGAGUGAGCCCUGAGGGCCUGGAGGCUGGGCCGCGAUGGCCCCGGCGCUGCCCUGGCUCCUGCUGUGGAUGGGCUCGGCGGUGCUGCCCGCCCGCUGUGCCCAGCCUGGCAUCCGGCUGCCUCUGCGGAGCGGGCUAGGGGGCACCCCCCUGGGCCUGCGACUGCCCCGGGACACCGAGGAGCCCGAGGAGCCCGGCCGGAGGGGCAGCUUCGUGGAGAUGGUGGACAACCUGAGGGGCAAGUCCGGUCAGGGCUACUAUGUGGAGAUGACUGUGGGCAGCCCCCCCCAGACGCUCAACAUCCUGGUGGACACGGGCAGCAGCAACUUCGCAGUGGGGGCCGCGCCCCACCCUUUCCUGCAUCGCUACUACCAGAGGCAGCUGUCCAGCACAUACCGGGACCUCCGCAAGGGCGUGUAUGUGCCCUACACCCAGGGCAAGUGGGAGGGGGAGCUGGGCACCGACCUGGUGAGCAUCCCCCACGGCCCCAAUGUCACUGUACGUGCCAACAUUGCUGCCAUCACGGAGUCAGACAAGUUCUUCAUCAAUGGCUCCAACUGGGAAGGCAUCCUGGGGCUGGCCUAUGCUGAGAUCGCCAGGCCCGACGACUCCCUGGAGCCUUUCUUUGACUCGCUGGUAAAGCAGACCCACGUGCCCAACCUCUUCUCCCUGCAGCUGUGUGGCGCCGGCUUCUCCCCCAACCAGUCGGAAGUGCUGGCCUCAGUGGGAGGAAGCAUGAUCAUUGGGGGUAUCGACCCCUCGCUAUACACGGGCAGCCUCUGGUACACACCCAUCCGACGCGAGUGGUAUUAUGAGGUGAUCAUUGUGCGGGUGGAGAUCAAUGGACAGGACCUGAAAAUGGACUGCAAGGAGUACAACUAUGAUAAGAGCAUCGUGGACAGUGGCACCACCAACCUUCGUUUGCCCAAGAAAGUGUUUGAAGCUGCAGUCAAAUCCAUCAAGGCAGCCUCCUCGACGGAGAAGUUCCCGGACGGCUUUUGGCUGGGGGAGCAGCUGGUGUGCUGGCAGGCAGGCACCACCCCCUGGAACAUCUUCCCGGUCAUAUCGCUCUACCUGAUGAGCGAGGUCACCAACCAGUCCUUCCGCAUCACCAUUCUUCCACAGCAAUACCUGCGGCCAGUGGAAGAUGUGGCCACAUCCCAAGACGACUGCUACAAGUUCGCCGUCUCCCAGUCGUCCACGGGCACUGUCCUGGGAGCUGUCGUCAUGGAGGGCUUCUACGUGGUCUUUGAUCGGGCGAGAAAGCGGAUCGGCUUUGCUGUCAGUGCUUGCCAUGUGCACGACGAGUUCCGGACGGCAGCGGUGGAAGGGCCGUUUGUCACCCUGGACAUGAUGGACUGUGGCUACAACAUCCCACAGACAGACGAGUCCACCCUCAUGACCAUAGCCUACGUCAUGGCCGCCAUCUGCGCCCUCUUCAUGCUGCCACUCUGCCUGAUGGUGUGCCAGUGGCGCUGCCUCCGCUGCCUGCGCCACCAGCACGAUGACUUUGCUGACGACAUCUCGCUGCUGAAGUGAGGAGGCCCAUGAGCAGAAGACAGAGCGUCUCCUGGACCAUCUGGGUGGUUGGUUCGACUUGGUCACAAAGAAAGAGAUGGCACCUUGGCCAGAGCACCUCAGGACCCUUACCCACCCACCAAAUGCCUCUGCUUGACAGAGGAGGAGGAGCAGGCAAGGUGGGCUGCAGGGACUGCACCUGCAGGAAAUAGGACCGGGAAGAGACCCGCUCUGGUGGCAGGAAUACGUCACCUCAAACUUGAGUUGGGAAAUUCUGCUGCUUGAAACGUCAGCCCUGAUCUUUGCCCACCAUCCCUUCCAGCCCUCCACCCCAAAGCAUUCCUCUCUCCUUAGUUCCAGAGUGGGGGCAUUCCACCGGUCACCCCGGGGUGUCUGCAGGGCCCAGCCUGGCCUCCCUGCUGGCCCAAGGCAGUAGGAGCAAAUGCACAGCUUUUGCUUUAGAGAUAGGAAUUGUAUCAAUGAGCUUAACAGUGGUGCAAAGACUGCCUCUUGAAUUAAACAAAAAAUAACCUGACUGAAUAUUUGUACAAACGGCUGGGAGAGGGAGAGAGGGAGUGUGAAGACAGGGGACACUGGGAUGGAAGCCAGGAGACGUAGAAAGGCCACCGCCAGAUCCCAUUUCAGACUUCACCUCCAAGACAGAACCCUCUCGUGAACAGGUGCUGCGUCCCAGUUUGCUUUGCUGUGGCUGCAGCCUAUCAAAAGGGCGGUGGAAGAAGGGCUUAUUUGCCAAAAAGCUCUUUUUAGCUCUUAAAUUAAGUGUCCACUAUGAAGUUCCAUCUAACAAAUGAAUUUCUACCUUAUUGAUGCCACUUGUCUCUACCUGGACGUUUUGCUCUAUAAACGCUCAAAAGCCGUGUUAACAUCCCAACCCUCCCCAAACCCAGGCGUCCUCUGGGAAAGCAAUGGGAACAUAGCAACAGAGCGGGGCUGGGCCUCGUCUUCCUGGGCACCUCUUCACUCCCUCCCACAAACCCCGAGACCUCGGAGCUCUGCAGCUGAGGUGCUAAGAAGAAUAGACAGGAGAACUCUCCUAACAAUCCUCGAAAGCAGAAUCCUGGAUUCAUUUCACAGGCACAGGGGUGAUGCCCUUCACCCGCCUGGAGUUCUUCCUGUUCAGCUGUAAGAUCUUUACAUAACACAGAGCCGUUUCAUUGCCUUCUCACCCUAAGGUCUCAGCCGCCACCUACUUGGCUAAGGCACCCCCAGUGGCACAAGUAUUGGAGCCAGAGUGUUAGAACACAGGGCUCGCUGACUAUAGCACCGUCACCUUCAGUGUCCAGGCCGCCUGGAGAAAGGAUGGGGCCUCGGCUUCCUGCCUUCCUUUUCCACAAGAGCCCCUCAAUGCAACCCAUCCUUUUCUCCUGUCCUGCUCGCUACUCCCCACUCCUAAUAGUACUUGGGUACCCAGGCUAGUUCUUGCGCUAAGUACUGGGGACAAAGUUCAUUUCCUAUCCGUUCUAACACAGUCAACAUGAUACCAGUGUUAGUGGAAAGAGCAAAUGUUCCCGGUAUACCCCCGGGACCUCAUUCCUCUGUGGUCUACACCCUGCUUCCAGGUAAGGGGCCUGCUGAGUGUGAAUUACCUGAGGGAGAGGGAACCCCAAGGAGGGCCUCUGGAAUCCUGGCUUCAGCCAGCUGCCACAAGCCAUACACAAUAAAUCAAGAACACCGAGUCGUAGUUUUUAUCUGGACUCUUCAUUCCCCUGCACCUGGUGCUGCUUGGCUGACGGAAACACCCAGAACCACACAGACUGACAGGAAGACUGGAGACUGUCCGCUUCCAGCUCGGAACUUACUGUGUAAAUAAACUUCCAGAACUGUUACCGUGAAAUAAAAUGCCACC